UCUGCAGCAAAAAGCACUAAAGAGCUAGGUCACUGAGUUCUGCCACACAUACUAUCUCAUACGGGGGGGGGGGACGGGACACGCUUGCUUUCUCUGGCAGUUACCUCCAGAGAAGUUCUGCUGCGGGGAAAAGGAGGGUGCAUGGUAACGACAGUGACUGUAUUCAAUCUCAUUUCUCUGUGCACGUCCUUCGUCUUCUUACAUCGUUCCCCACCCCCCACAGUCAACUAUGUCGUCUAUUAAAGAGAGAAUAGCAUAGAGUAGCCCCGCCCAGGAUCUGUGAUGCAGCAGCUGGCAACUGCGUUUACAACAAGUUGGGGGAGAGGGACUGGACUUCGGAGGCUGCUAAGAGGACGGUCCCCUUGUGAAAGCGUAAAAAGAGCGGGCUGAAGGGGGGCUACGACUUCUUGCUGCAGCUACAGCCUCACGGUCUUUCCCCAUUACCUUGGGGUUUACAUGAUGGAUAAGUUUGUCAUACGAAAAUCCAGAACUCAAGAAUGUCCUAAGAAGAAAGAUCCCGGAGAAAAGAUUUACAAGCAAGCCACUUUAGAGUCUCUGAAGAGAGUUGUGGUUAUAGAAGAUAUAAAAAGAUGGAAAUCUAUGUUAGAACUUUCAAUUCAAACUAAAGAGAAUCUAAUGGUGGCUUUAGAAGAAUUAAGGAAGAAAAUUCCUUCCAAAGAAGUUCUACGUUCAACAAAAAUAGGUCACACAGUGAAUAAAAUGCGUAAGCAUCCAGACCAGGAUGUGGCCACUCUUGCAAAAGCUGUGUAUUUGGAAUGGCGAACAUUCAUCAAAGACCAUUCAAACAGACCCUCAAUAGAAGUGAGAAGUGAUCCUAAAACAGAGAGCCUUCGAAAAAAUGCACGGAAGCUACUUGCUGAAACUCUAGAGAUGGAGAUUGGUCACCUGCUGGUGGAAAAUAUUGAGCGAGAAGCUUUUCAUCUCUCUUCCCGUCUCAUUAAUGUGUCCUACCGCAGGACUGUGCGAGCCCUUGUGUUUGCUUUAAAGCACAAGCCUGAAACUCGAGUACAAGUUCAACGUGGCGUGUUGUCACCUAGUACAUUUGUACAAAGCCACAAGAAGUGACCCAAGUGCCUGGUACAGAUUUGGAGGGCUGUCCUGACUGCAUCCUGUAAAGAAAUAGGAAGCCUCUUCUGUUUUCCAAAGCAAUAGGAUAAUAUUAACAAUGGCAAUCACACUGUAAUACUAGAGGAACAAGAAUACUUCAGGAAGUCCAUUGAAGGACACCAAGUUUUCAUUUUAACGCAAAGGGUGGUUUGCAGUUCAGAGAGCAAACUGGGAUGGGGAAACCAUUCUUUACCUUAUGGUAAAUAAUUUUAGCUGGAAGCAGACCUGACCUUACUAAUAAACAUAGCUCUUCUUGCAUAUGGCCAAACACCUACAUGGGCUUUGUCUCAGGAAUCAGUAGGAUGCUUAGAAAAAACCAGUUGUGAGCUGUGAAGGGACCACAACUGGGUUCAUAGGGUGAAGGCUAGUCAGUAUGCAAGUCUCUUUCAUCACACACUUACCUUACCACUUAGAAAAAUAGCAUUUAGGGAUCUAUGGAGGCUGUGCAAAGCGUGACAUUCUUAAAUGCUUGUAAGCCGGAUUGUGAGUUUACAUAAGGAAGUCACACUUAGUAGUUCAGGUUUACCCUCUACAAUUCCAGAGACUGAUAUCCUGAAGUCUGGAAGGACAAGUGGCUUUUGGUUGCCCCCUCCGGCUGUAUAUGAAACUGAUAGAUGUGCUCUCCACCCCAUCUUAUUCAUCUAAGUAGUUUUGCUGUAUUUGAAGGUUUUCAAAUAAUGUUUUGAACUGUCAUAUUUUAAUUUGCCCUCCAACCUUACAUUCUUGUGUUUUUUAAGCAAGGUGACUUUUUCUUCUCCUCAUGACUGGUACAAACAAGAACUGUAAUGAAAUUUCUAGGUAUAAUUUACAUGAAGAAAAUAACCUAAACAUUGGUCUCUUCAACAAAAUAAAAGAAUAUUAAACUGAGCUUCAUAGUAGUUCUAAAACCCAUGGGGCUGGAUUCAUAAGCCUUGCCCUAAUUCCUCCAAUGCAACACAUGUUGUGUGGGGGCAAGGCUCAAGGCAAGGCAGCAGAUAAGAGUGAUGUUUAGCAGUGCUGAUACAAUGUCCAUAUUGAAUAACUUAAGAAGAUACCAACAAAGGAACAGAUAAAAAGAAAUGGGAAGUUGGAAAGCCAAAGCAUAGCAUCAAGGGAGAAAUGAGAAUAUGACAAAACCUUUGAGGUAUGUUCAGACAAACAGUCCUGGGGGUGAUACUCCUUUCAAGCCAAGAAAGAUUAUAGAAGAACAAGGCCUAAUAAGACCAAAAGAGGAGUUCUACUGGGAUAGACCUUUCUAUUUGGAUGGAUCCUACCCUUUUCCUCUCUCUCCACUGAGCAAGUUUAAAGUCUUCCUCCAAUGUAAGUUGCUCUUCCAUUGGAGGAAGAGAAUCUCAAUCUGGAAGAAGGCUGUCUUAACACUGCUAGAAAGAGCAGAUGUUGAUAAGCGACUAGCUAGGGAAAACGUGGGAACCCUUUCUGCUGUUACAUGAACGAAUUGGUGGACAAGAGAAAUAGAGAUGAGGCACAGUGCAAUAAAACCAGAGGAGCAUGCAUGAAGACAAAUCUGAAGGCAUAUACUCUCCAAAGAUCUUGCACUAUAGAUAUCUUUUCCAUUCUAACUCCUUUCCUUGAUAGGCAGUCCACAUAAUAUCAGGCUUGUUAAACCUCUCAAUGUGACCUGCUGAAUUUGGUUCUUCCCACCCAUUACUGUUGUUGCUGUUGUUUGGUCAUUGUCUUAUUUACAGCUGCCAUUCUUUUUUUUUUGAUGCUAUGACAUUUAUGUGAUAUAUUGACACCUACCCAGAGUAGCAUGAGACCAGCCAUUGUCCCUAAGAUAGCUCAUCUACCAGUGAUCUGGCAUACUUCAUAAUUUUUCAGAUAUUGCAAAAAAAGAUUUGAAAGAUAACUACCUAUCCAUUUUCAAUUCCAGCUGCAAUGCUAACUCUUUCCUGGAAGUAAGAUUGAAUAAAAUGGGACUUACUUCCAAGUAUACAUGUUUAGUAUUGCUUCUUUCAUUGUCUUUAUUAUGUAAAUUUCAGUCCACCUUGUCCUCAUGGUCGUGAAGCCUUGCCUGAGGUAAUGGUUUUAAUUGUGAGGUUCAAUGGAGAAUCCUCUUUGUGCCGCAUUCUGGCAAACUAUGUCAAAAUCCUGCUAGUUAUCAGACAAAGCUGUUUCUUUCUGUUACACUCUUUUCAUUCUAAUAGGACAGGAUGUGUGGGACAAGCUCAGCAGCUCCAGCCAACUCCUGGUAUCCUAGGAAAAAUGUUCCCAUCACAUCAGCAGUCUUUUCCCUGUGUAAGCAACUCAUAGAAUACCUAGCUCACACAAAGCAUCUCUCUUGGCUAAAAAGGACUCUUAGCAUCUCACCCAGUUGACAAUCCACUGUCUCCAGCUCACUUCAAUCCUAUUAACUUUGCAGUGACAUGUUUAAACCUUUCGUGCUGUUAGGUCUUUGCCUUUGACUCAGGAGACAUAAUUUGAGCUCAGUUACCUGUGCAGACAAGAAGUGAUAGCUUGUAACCUUUGAGAGUGUUUAAUCCAUGUUUAAGAUUGCCACGUUUCUAGUCAGAGCUCAUGCUUGUCCAAAAGUGCCUCCCCUCAAAGAGACACAGUUUUUGUUGCUCUGCUUAUCCCUGAAUCUCUCUUCUCACUGCCCUGCUGCCUGCUGGAACAAUUUGGAUUCUCAUUUUGCCGCACUGCUGGUAGGGAGAAGGAUUAUCAGUACAUAGGUCUCAGGGAGGAACAAGAAAAUGGGCAUAUCUUCUGUUGUGCCUGGUUAAAAUACAGGAACUUUGGGUUGCGAUCUGGGAACCCUAUACAGCUUACUAUCUAUCAGCAAAAGUAAAACAGAAGUUAUUAGAAAAACGAAAACACAGUCUUAUCCCGUGCAUAUCUGAUCAGAAGUCAAUCCCAUUGAGUUCAAUAAGAUUCACUCCCAUCUAAUUGUGAUAAACUUUACUUGUUUUUCUCUGCAACAGUAACAGAAAACUUUGUCAACCAUCAUUUAAAUUUGUAUAAAUUUAUGCAUGCAAAUUUCUCUUGCUCAUAUACACAAAAUGGCAUUUCUGUAGCUCCAUUAAACCACUUUAAUCUGAACCUUUUGAUAAAUAGAGAAGAAACCAAUAGUAUAAAACUGUUCAAAGUCAAGUGUGCACUACUGGCAUAGAGGGUCAAAACUAUCAAAAAAAUUCUCACUGUAAUUGGCUUUCUUCUGCCCCAGAUAUCAAAAGCUUAUUUUCUAUAUUGUUAAUUUAGAGCCGACAUUAUUUUAAGUAUAGGCAACAUCAGAGAAUCAUACCUCCAUAUGCCUUUUGUUUUAAAGAAAUAAUUCACUAUUGCUUCCAAAUUAAGAAUAAAGACAGAGCAAAAAUAAAAUUGUCUCUACCAAGGUGUAAACUGCAGCAAAUGUUGCUAAUAAGUUAAAAGCUAUUGAAAAUAAUUCUACAAUUAUCACUUUAUUAUAACCCCAAUUCAGAGUAUAUUAGCUAGAUCAGCAUGCCUGUGAUGAAAGCUGGGCAAAGAGGAUAUUUCCAACAUUCUUUCUAACUUGAAUAUACACAAUCAAUUAUCCUGAAGGAUAUAUUGUUAUCUUUUUGAGGGGUAUAAAAGGAUACAAUGCCUGAAAUUAGAUUCCAAGAUAAAGAGCAGCAUAAUCCAGAAGAUGGGGUAUUGUCUCUUAAAAUACAGAAUUGAAUGUGUCCUUCGGUGCAUUCUAGCUGAGGUCUUAUCAACACAACUUUGCAAUGUUUUGAAACAGUGUCAAUUGAAAUCAAUGAGAACUAAAUGUUAAGUGGAUUUUCUAGUACCGUCUACUCCAUUGCAAAAUAAGGGUAUUUUCAUCAUGACACUAAAAACCAUUUGUGCUUUUCCUACAUCAGUAAUGCAAAUUUAAAUUGUACAUUGUGACUAGCAUACAUAUUUGAUUUCAAAACGACUGUCUUCUGCGUUCUAUCCCAAAGACUUACAUGUUGUAGUUCUACUGGAGAAGCUAAACAGGAUUUCAAUCUUUAAAAUGUGUGGAUAGGGGAUCAUUCCUGGGAGCCAUGUGUUCGUUGCUCCGAAGUGUUUGUAUGAAGAAUGGGAUAUAAAUGCAAAUAAAAACAUGGGAACAUA